AUGGAUUAAUAAUUAUAUGAGUGUUUAAUGAAAAUGCAAAGUUUCUUUUCAAGUCCUCAUAGUCAAAUGGAGCCAUAAAUUGAAUCUUGUUUAUCAGGUAAGAGUGUUAAUAAAUUUAGAAUUGAAAAAACAUUUCAAAAAAAAUUUCGAUACUUGGGAUUCAGAAAGUCCUAAUUAAUAAUUGUACUAUGACAAACUAUAAGAUCUUUGGAAUAAUUUCAAAAAGAAAAAAAAUGGUCCAUAAAAUCUUCAAUGGGCAUAACAACAAUUAAAAGAGAUUAUAUCUGAAUUUAAUGAGAUUGAAAAUUAUUAAAGUAGUGAUCAAAGACAAGAAAACAUAAAUCUAAAAGGUGAAGUUAACAUGUUGAGAAUGCAAUUAGAUUGUUAGUAAAGAAAAUAACAAAAAGAACAAAUCGAUGCUUAACAUUUUUAGAGAGCGGCAGAAGAAUUAAAAAAUAAAACUUAAACGAUCAAAAAAUUAUAAAAAGAUGUUUAACGACUAGAAGAAAAACGUUAAGAAGAUUAAAAGAGAUUCUAAGAAAUGAUCCAAAAUUUAAAAAAACAUUAGUAAAACAAGCCUUUUGAUGUCAAAUAAUUAGAAGAGGAGAAUAAGAGAUUAAAAAGCAUGAAUCUAGAUUUAGAACAAGAAGUUUAAAAUUUAAAAGAAUAAUUAAAAGGCAAAGACUUUUUAAUAUAGGACACAAGAGAAUUAGUAAAAGCUAAAGAGGAAGUCUAAAAGUUAUAAGUAGAAAAUAGAGCUUUAGAAGAUAAAAUAUAAUAAUUAUAUGAUGUAUAAAUAUAUUCUAUCAUUUAGAAAUUAAAUUUAGGUAAAUAAAAUGAAAUGGAAAAUCAAAUUACUUAAUAGGAUUUAAAAAUGAAACAAUUAUCAACAUAAUUGUAAAAAGCAGGUGAUGAAAAUAAAAUUAUGUAGAAAAGAAUUGAUUAGCUUAAACAAUAAAAUUUAAAAUAUAUUCAAAAAACACUAGAACCUUUUGGAAUUCGAAUAUUAGAUAUUAAAGGAGUUUAAUCUCAUUUUAAUGUUGUGAUGCAUUUAUUAGAAACGAUAACACCAUUUUCAGCUGUUUUAACUGUAACAGAUAAGGUAAGUUCAUUUAUUCUUAAAUUUAUUAACUAUAUUCGAAAAGAAGCAGAGUAAGUUAUGCCUUAAACUGCUACAUAAUUGUAAGAAUUAUUAAGAAUUGAAUUAUAAAAUGAUAAUAGAGCAAAUGAUUUCUUAUUUUAAAUAAUUGAUCAUCUCUCUAAAGCAAUAAUAAAAUAAGAUGAAUAAAAAUCAUAAAUAGCAACGAUUAUUCAAACUUAAGAUUCACCAAUAUAUGAUCAAUUUUUCUUUUUAUAAAGAGUUUUUCCAAUGGAUUUAGAGAGUAAGAAUAAAAUUAAAUUUAUUUAGUUUAAUAAAAUGAAGUACCUUUGAUAAAUAGCAUAAAACAUAUUCGAUAUUUUGAAGCAAAUAUGUAACCAGGAAUUGAAUUCUCAACAUAUUUACAAGGGUUGAUAAAAUUAGAAGGGUAAGAAAAUAUUAUAGAUGAUAAUGUUGGAGAUUUUAAUUUCUUAAUUUUUCCUUAAUAUUUGAUACUUAAUGUUUGUGAAUUGUCAUUAUAAAAGGCAGAUAUUAAAAUAUCUUUAAAGUUUCCAUCAAGUUGUUUGAACUAAAAUGCUUAAGAUUUUGAAUACUCAUUGAUAUCAAUGAUUCAUUGUAGUGAUGGUCAUGAUGGAUAAUCUACAUAUUCGAUAACAUUAUGCAAAAAUAAUAAUUGGGUAUAGAUAUAAUGUGAUAAUGCAAUGUCUAUAUAGAUUAAUGAAUUGUUAACAUUUAAAUAACCUUACAAUGAUAAAGAACUAUUAAUUUACAAAAGAUCAAAAAAAUGAAAUAUAAUUAUAUUUAUU